GAUCACUCCAUCAGACCCUUCUUCCCCACUAUUUGGUCGUUGCUCCGUGGGCAUCCGGAAGGCCUAGCUAUACCUAGGGUCGAGAACCAUGUCCAGUCAGGGGCAAAAAACGUUCAAGAUCCUGUGCCGCACCGAUGAGGACUACUGCAUCACCGUCCGCUGGGAUGACGACGGCGGCAUCGCGGUCGUCAUGGCGCCAACAAACCCCCGCGACCAGCAGCAGCACUGGUACAAGGACACGAGGUUCAGCUCUACGGAGGACGAGGACGGGUUCCCGGCGUUCGCGCUCGUCAACAAGGCCACCGGGUUCGCCGUCAAGCACUCGUCCGGGCAGUCUGAGCCCGUAACUCUGGUGCCGUACGAGUACGACCCAGAGGCGGUGCACCAAUCGGUGCUGUGGACGGAGAGCGACGACGUGGGCGACGGUUUCCGCUGCAUACGCAUGGUCAACAACAUCCACCUCAACUUCGACGCGUUGGAUGGGGUGACGGAACUCCAGGACGGCACCCCCGUCGUGCUGUGGGAGUGGCUCGAGGGGGCGAACCAGUCCUGGAAGAUCCUGCCGUGGGGCACCGACGGUGGCCUCCAUCCUGCGCUGUCCUCUGAGUGCACCAUGCGCAUCUUCUGCAGCGCCGGCGAGGAGUACAGCAUCGCCGCAAGGGACGGCGCGGUGUGCCUCGCGCCUGCGGACCCCAACGACGACCUGCAGCACUGGGUGAAGGACAUGAGGCACGGUGAAGACAUCAAGGACGAGUAUGAGCAGCCUGCGUUUGCCCUGGUGAACAAGGCCACCGGUGAAGCCAUCCAGCAUUCCCUGGAAAAGGGCCACCCUGUUCGCCUUGCGGCAUACGACCCGGACUGCCCGGACGAGUCGGUGAUGUGGACGGAGAGCGAGGACGUCGGCGACGACUUCCAUUGCAUCCGCAUGGCGAGCAACAUCCAGCUCAACUUCGACGCCGUCCAUGGCGGCGAGGACGAGAGCGUGGUGCAGGACGGCACCACCAUCAUCCUGUUUGACUGGGUCGAGGGAGACAACCAGCGCUGGAAGAUCGUUCCCUGGUAGAGCCAGAGCCAUGCAGUGUUCUGCAGGCUGCUCGGCCGAAAAUAAACUGGUCGACGGCAACGCCGCCCAAGAUGUCGAUCAAACCGGCCCGGCCGCCUUUUUUUUUGCCACUAUUUCACUCGUUAGUCCGACGGGCAUAACCAAUCUAAGCUAUUUUGUUUGGCAUGGAUCACUAGCUGGCGAGCUCGGCUCAAAAGAAGAAAAAGCUAGACCACAUCUGUGCUUAUUUGUAUCCUUUUAUUUCCCAUGAAUAAUUAUUGUGCUUUUUUAUUGGUGUCAGUGGUGGCAAAAUUAACACCACAUCGAUUCCGAUCACACCUAGUAUAUUUGCUGUGAAAUCAUCCGCACGUACGCUCUAUUUUCUGCCAGAUAUGGAAGCAUUUACGUCCAUUCCAAUCAGUUAUAUCUGCCGCUAGCAGCUUAAAGAUAAGGUAGAUUCAUUAGUCCGAUCUAAGCUAUUUUGUUUGGCAUGGAUCACUAGCUUGCGAGCUCGGCUCAAAAGAAGAAAAAACUAUACCUAGAUCCACGCGUGUGUGUGUUGCUUAUUUGUAUCCUUUUAUUUCCAACGAAUAAUUAUUGUCUAUUUUUC